AUGCAGUUCAUCGACAGCGGACUCUCUUGGAGACUUUUUCUAUUUUCUCACUUGUUUUUACAGAGUUCGGCUCAAGACUUUGGCGGACAGACCCAGUUCAUUUGCACGUCCGUACCCAAGGACAUGGACAUAUGCGCCGCCACCCUGCAGAACAGCGUGCCCGCCGGGGAGGACCUGAAGACCACCGUCAUGCAGCUGCGGGAGACCGUCUUGCAGCAAAAGGAGACGAUCAUGAACCAAAAAGAGACCAUCCGGGAGCUGACCUCGAAGUUGGCGAGGUGCGAGAGUCAGAACGGCCACGAGCCGGGGGACGCACGAGCCGGCGGUCGGAGGAAAGAGACGGGGGCCAAAAACACAAUGGGGGACGUGUCGAGGGGUCCCGCCGACACCUUGGCGCAACUGUCACAGACUUUGCAGUCGCUGAAACGGAGACUAGAGAAUCUCGAGCAAUACAGCAGAAAUAACAACUCGGUGCAGGCGAACAGCCUGAAAGACCUGCUCCAGAGCAAAAUCGACGACCUGGAGAAGCAGGUGCUGUCCAGGGUGAACAGCAUAGAGGAAGGGAAGCCCGGGCUCCGCAACGAGACGGAGCAGCGCGGGAGAGUGGAGUCCACCUUGACAUCUCUGCACCAGAGGAUCACCGACCUGGAGAAAGGCCAGAGAGAAAACAGGCCUCUGAACAAGUUCCAGCUCACCUUUCCACUGAGAACCAACUACAUGUACGCGAAAGUGAAGAAGAGUCUGCCCGAGAUGUACGCCCUCACUGUGUGCAUGUGGCUCAAAUCCAACGCCUCCCCUGGAGUAGGCACGCCUUUCUCUUAUGCGGUCCCGGGACAAGCCAACGAGCUGGUUCUCAUCGAGUGGGGUAACAACCCAAUGGAGAUAUUAAUAAAUGACAAGGUCGCAAAGCUGCCCUUUCUUAUUAAUGACGGCAAGUGGCAUCAUAUCUGCGUGACCUGGACGACCCGUGAUGGUGUUUGGGAGGCUUUCCAAGAUGGAGUCAUGAGGGGCAGUGGAGAGAACCUCGCCCCGUACCAUCCAAUCAAACCCCAGGGCAUGCUGAUCCUAGGUCAAGAGCAGGACACGUAUGGAGGAGGAUUUGAUGCCACCCAAGCGUUCGUUGGCGACCUGGCGAAUUUCCACAUCUGGGACCGGAAACUGUCCAUCGGAGAGAUCUACAACCUGGCAACGUGCAGCAGCAAAGCGCAGGUGGGCAACGUGUUUUCGUGGCUGGAGACCAGCAUCGACAUCUACGGGGGGGCGUCGAAGUGGACGUUCGAGGCUUGCCGCCAACUUAAGUGA